GCGGUGGCGAUGCUAAAGCAGAGAGCCGCCUGACCGCCCUGCCUGGGAUGGAUUUAGAAGAAGCUUUUAAAGUUGUCGGCGAGUUUGGACCCUACCAGAAGCGGGCGGUGGCUGUCCUUGUUCUGACACAGGUGUACAUGGCCUGUCAGUCCAUGCUGAUCGUUCUGGUUGGAUCUACGCCAGAGUACCGCAUCGAGCAGCAGGACGGCGUCCCACCCGGCCAGCAGGAGCUCCUCCAACGUGUCGUCUUUACAGAGGACAUCGACACCAUAGUGACAGAGUGGUUUCUCGUCAAGCAGCAGGCUUACAAGGUCAGUCUAGCUGGAUCGCUGUUCUUCGCCGGGCUUCUGGUCGGGAACAUCGUCUUUGGGCCGCUGUCUGACAGGAUUGGUAGGAGACCUGUCUACUUGACAGGUCUGUUUUUUGAGGUGGUCUUUGGUUAUGUGACUGCCUUCGCACCCAGCUAUGAGGUCUUCGCCGUGUCUCGUCUCUUAGUGGGGCUGAUGAACGGCGGCAUCGGGCUUGUCUGCUUCGUCCUCACUCAGGAGUACGUGGGCAAGUCCUACUGGGCCAUGACUGGGACGUUGACCAGUAUGUCUUUUGCGGUCGGCAUCGCUCUGUUUGGAGCUCUGGGCUACUUCAUCCAGCCGUGGAGGAACCUGGCCACAGCGGCCAACUCGUCCGGUGUCCUUUUCUUCCUGCUGUCUGUCACUCUUCCAGAAUCUCCUCGUUGGCUGUAUUCUCAGGGUCAGACAAGGCAAGCUGAGGAGGUUCUGCGCUACAUGGCUCUGAGGAACGGCAACGCUGCCAACAACCUGAUGCUGCAACGUGUCGGUGCUGCUAAACCCGGUAACCAUGUCAACAAGGGCGCGGGUGUCCUGCAGCUGGUGAUCCAUCCGGUCCUCCGUCUGAGGACCAUGGUGCUCAUGUAUGUCUGGUAUGCAUGCAGUCUGGUGUACUACGGUCUGACUCUGGGGGCCAGCGACACGUCUGGUAGCCGUUAUGUGAACGUAGCCAUGUACGGCCUGGUGGAGCUGCCCGCCUAUCCGCUCUGCAUAUACUUCAUCAACAAACACUGGGCUGGCAGGAGGAAAAGCAUGGCCAGUUUCCUGUGUCUGGCCGGAUCCGCCUGCCUCUGCACCAUGUUUAUCCCCGAAAACACAGGGACCUUGCUGAGUGUCACGUCAUUGGCGCUUCUGGGAAAACUGAUGGUCAGUGCAGCAUUCAACAUUGCCUACGUUUACACCUCUGAACUCUACCCUACAGUAAUCAGGAACGCUGGUUUAGGAGUUUGCUCUAUGUCGUGCAGAGUUGGAGGAAUCCUUGCACCAUUUGUUCCUUCCAUGCGGGCUCUCCACACCUCCCUGCCCUUCACUGUGUUCUGUCUUAGCGGUCUGUCUGCAGGCUGUCUGGGCCUCCUGCUGCCUGAAACCCUCAACGGACCUACUGCAGAGACUCUGGAGGAGCUCAGCAGCCCGACCCACAGCCGAGUGCUGGAGAGCAAGGCUCUUUUGUAUGAAGAUGAGGAAUGGAAAUCAAACCACAAAUGAAGCCAGCGACCUCGUCUUUACUGCCGGAGCAGCUCUGAGCAGCGAGACAGAUUGUCCACACCUCAGUCCUCAUGGAACUGCUGCCUCAAAAGGGUGAACUGUCCCUUUAAUUAACUUGAAGGACUGAUCACUUUUAUAUCUGUGGACUGUGACAAUUUAAAUGCAGCAAGGACAUAGAUGCUGUCCAGAGCUUCAGGAAGAGGGCGUUGUUGACUGACGCGAAGGUUUGUUCUGUAUGUAAUUUUACAGAAAAUCCAGACAGUUGAUCCCCUGCCUUUUUAUUUGAUUUCCUGAAUGUGGUCAUGGUGUUUGUGCCUUACUUGGAGGUAGACAUCGAGAGAGACAGUCACUAUGUGACAGGGCAGAUAUGUGACUUGCAUUACAUUCCAGAGAUUGCUGGGACGUUUGAAAAUCAAACUCAAAAGUGGGACUGAACGGCUGGCUAAGCAAAAAAGGACAGCGUUCUGCUCCCGAGUUUAUAAAAUGGAGGUUAUAUGGAUGAGUUAUAUGACAUGCUAACUUUAAACAUGUUAAUAUUCCUCAAAAUACAGUUGAGUUACAUGUUUAGGACCUCACUGAAAUUCAGGAUUAAAUGUGCUCCACACCCAACCGUGAAAUCUUUCUCUUGUGUCUCUGGCACAUAGCUCUGUCACGUGCUGGUGUUAGCAUACAGUGCUGUGUGUGUGCCCAGAGGCAAACCAGCAUUGGAGACUGCCUCAUCCAAUACAUGCUUACAGUUGCUAAGCGUAUACUUGGGUGUAACAUUAGCGGUUGAUCUUGUAGUAUUUUUAUAAAUGUACGUUAAAACCUUCUAGCUGGGGUUUGUUCUGUGUCUGACUCUGUGAAAGGUUACGGUACAUGUUCAAACCUGUGACACUGAAACUAGAUGCCCUGAACUUUAACCUGCUGAUCCAUUAGUACGCCAUCAUACAGGCUGUAGUUUCAGUUCAGUUUCAGAUCUGACCAUUGAGGCAUUAAGUGUAAACCAGUGAGCUGUCAGCUAUUGAGAGGAAGUUUGAUUUAAUCUGGCGGCAGAAAGGUGGAAUUGUUCAAAAAAAGACUUUGGUUGGUUUAUUUACACUUACUCACAGAUACAGGGGGAAGUUUCAGGGGGAGUUUGUAUGAUAAAAGAAACAAUGCAUUUUCUGUUAGGGUAUGAUCUCCUGCCGGCUCUUGGGGACUUGCUGGUCGCUUUUGUUUAUAUUUGCUGGCCAUGACAAUCCACCACCACAAUCCACUCUGAUACAAGCUAAAAUAUGGGAUCAGGAGUCAGCGAGUACGCAUGUCUGUGUGACUCUGAUUGGCUAACCCUGAUAUUCUUCAAUCUAUACGUUUGUGGCCUAACUACAGUGGUACUAGAGCAUCCUUUUGAAGGAAGUACUGGCAGCUACAGGGGUGGGCACUAGGUGUGACAGCAAGAAACGUUGUGUUGGUUAAACAACAAUGUCGCCUCCCGUAGAGGUUAGUGUAGAUGCCAGUGAGUUAGUUUUUCUUCUCUGAAAGAAGAGCAAAGAACAGUGCUGAAUAGUUUUCUCGAUGGAAAAGAUAUUUUCACUCUUGGUGUGUUGAUCUGAUUGGUUAAAGUACGCCUGUGAUAGACGGUGAUAGUCAGAUGGUUCAUCCAGCCCUUUUUCAAACAAUUUCCAACAAACACUUUCCAGAUGGUUCUUUGUGUAACAAACCAUCAGGUUAAACCAAUCUAACCAACCCAAACCAGCGAAGGCAACCAGCAUUAGCCAAUCAUGUUUUAGAGCCGUUUUGUCAAUCUCAUGAGGGUCUGGACAAAGUCAAGCACUUAAAUUGGGUAGAAAAAGGCAGAUACAACUUCAAACUAGUACAAUCGUGUUACAGGGAACCUGAUGUCAGUGCUCACCCACAUACAUUGUGUCCUAAAUGAUGAGUUUAUCAGUUGUCCAUCAUCAUCAUCUGCCUACCUACAUAGAAAACUCACUGGAGAUCUGAUGUAUUUCUUAAACAGCCAUGCAGCUCAAAGGGUUGCUGUACGUUUUGAAAGAUCUUGUUAUUCCAGUUGCUUUUUACGGAAGUUCUCCAGACCUGUAUGAGCUCGAUGAGAUGGCCGCUUGAGAUCACGGAAAUUGAGACGGAUGAGCACAUUUAAUCACAUGGAUUUAGUUUUCACAAUGAAUAAUGAUUCUCCAGACCAAUCCUACAUAUUUCAUGAGCUACCAUGAUUGUAAUGCGCACUCCACAGUUAUGAAUGUCUAAAGACCAAAUGCACCAUCUCAUUUAAAUUCAAGGUAGAACUCUGACAGGUUAAAUUAUGGAUGGAUAAAUAGCACUGCAGGUAGGAGGGAAAACAUGUAUUUUUGAUUUUGGGAUGAACUCUCCUGUUCAGCUGUAUCAUACUAGCAAAACUUUAGGACUAGAAACUCUAAUUAAAAUAACGAUUGAAUUUACUAUUAAAUGAACAUCAUGGAAUACACGGCAGCUAUUUAAUCAGCUAUUUAAUAAAUUAGUCAAAGCUUUAAUCGUUUAAUCAUUGAGUCAUGAUCACGCAGCAUUACAACCUGAAGGUCAGUCAGGAACUAAUCCUUUAUCUACUGUGUAGCAAAGAUUUGUAGUUUGUGGGAGACAGUGGGACAAGUGUGGCAUUUCACCCCCAACUGUGGGACCAUUAUGUUUAUUGUUUAUGUAGAAGAGGAAGAAGCCCUGCACACAGUGUGUGUACGGUGAAGCAAGAGGUGCUGGUAGCCGUAAGACAAUUAUAUGGUGAGUUUAAAAUAAACCACCAGAGGAUGUGGUCAUGAUGGAGAACAUUGCAUCAACAUUUGCAUGAGAAAGUCAGGUUUUGCUCGACUCUCAGGCUCAUGACAAGAUCCAAGCUAAUGCAUAGAAUAGAACACAUUAUUUAAUAAUGGGACCAACCUGUGUCAAACAGCAGAAAUAGUCAUCAGUCAAACUACCACUCUGGGCAAAACUUUUAAAAGUGCAUUAAACCAUUUGAACAAACCCUUCCUACCUUUUUGUGAAACUGAGCUUGAACUACAGCGGCUGUAACAUCCCCCACAAGUUUUCCCUGCAACUAAAGAUGUAAACACUUGACGAGCAUUUUGCCUCCUGUGCCUUUAACUCUGAAGUGUUAAACUAUAUAUUAGAUAUUAUUGAUAUGUAAUUAAAGAUUAAGAUAUUAGAAAACAAAUGUUGACUGAGAUGUUUUAUAUGCCAUCAUUUUGUAUUGUGUACAAUCAUGCUAUUCCAAUGUGUUCCAUGAAGAUAUACUGUAUGGGUCCUUAAAAUGUUCAAUGAUCUAUUUCUGUUAAAGGCAGUAAACGUUCCAACAGUGAA